GCUGUAGUUUCACAAUUUCGACUAUCAGUUUCCCCUGUCCAUCAUGAAGACGUGCGCUUUCUUCCUACUCGCGAUCUUUGCUGCCUCUCUGGCAGAGAAUCUCUGUCCAGAAAUUGACCUUCCGGAUGCGCCAGCUGUGCACUUCCCACACGAGUCGGACUGCUCAUUGUUCUACAAGUGCAACCAUGGUGUCCCUGUUCUGCACGCCUGCAGCAAUGGUCUCUACUUCAAUCCAGAACUAGAGGUUUGCGAUUGGAAGGAAAACGUUCAGUGUGAUCAUGAACCAACUGGAGCUCCAGAAACUUCCACUUCAGAAUCAACACCAGAGCUUCCAGAAACAACAGUGCCUGAAUCUUCUUUAUACAUCAUUGUUCGGAUCGCCGUUGAUGGCGAAGGACGUGUAGAUCUCCACCAUCAGUUUCAUCAUGUAGUAGUCGGAGCUUCCGGUGCGCGGGAUUCCGUAGCCGGCGUCGUUGUGCAGCAGGAAGAGCAUGUCGUCGGCGUGCGCCACGCCGGGGAAUCCCCGCGCGGGAAUCGACACGCGAUAUUUGUACCACUCGGGCGAAUCGUACGCAAAGUUGUACAGCCAAGUCGGGCCUCUGACGCCCACUUCCGGGUACUUGAGCCUCCCAAUCAGAGCCUUGUAGUUGGAGUGCCAAUACGAAAUGUCGCCUUGAAGCUGGAAAAAUCGGCAUCGAGUGACUCCAGGCGUGCUUCAUCAUCUCCUCGGGAGGCUCUGGAAUCAUCGUCAUCCUUGAUCUGUAGGCUUCCAAAGUCGGCCCGUAGAUCGAAGCUUCCUGGCCAGCCUCGUCGUCCAGCGCAACUUCGGCAUGUAUCCUCGAACGUAGAACGCGGUUCCGGACAUUAUGAUUGCCUUGUGGAAGAGAUCCUUGGACAGAGGCGAAAUCGUCUGAUAAUGGACGCUGCAUCCUCCCGCGCUGUAGCCGAACAGCGUCACGUCGCGAGGAUCUCCUCCGAAGGCGGCGAUGUUCUCCUGCACCCAGCGCAAGGCCAUCACUUGAUCCUUGAGUCCAGCAUUUCCCGGAACGCCAACUUCAGGAUCGUCGCUCGACAGGAAGCCCAAAGCUCCUGUUCGGAAGAAUCCGCCGGUGAUGAAGAGCAUCACUGGCUGAAGUUCGCACUCAAGUCGCGAGUUCUUCGUGUAAACGUUCAGCCUGAGGCAAUCUUCAUUCAACUGAUUGCGGCUUUGCUGGUGCUGUUUGCUCCCGCGGUCCUGGGACAAGCAUGUUCUGAAAUCUACCCGCCAGCGCUGUGCCAGGGCAUUGUGGGCAAUGCCUUCGUCAGCAGCCAUCGCGGCUGCCAGAACUGGGUGCAGUGCAUCGGCGGAAAUGUGGCCAACUGCGGAUUGUGCAUGGGUUACUUACACUUCGAUCCCUUGGGACAAACAUGCACUUAUCCCGAGAUUGCCCAGUGUGAGACAACAUCGAAUGUCACCUGCACUCCCGGAGAAGUGAGCAGAGAACCCCAUCCGACCAACUGCAACCUCUACUACCUCUGCACAGGCAAUCCAGACCAGAGUCCCAUUCAGCAGUCCUGCGCCGAUAAUCUGCACUUCGAUCCCAUCCUGCGCAAGUGCAACUUCCCCGAAUUGGCCAACUGUGAAGUCGUUGAACCGCCACCACCGCCACCCGGAGGAGUCCAGUGUCCCGAUGUCGAUGGCGUGGUUCUUGUUCCGGACGACACGAGCUGCGAUAACUUCUACAUUUGCUUCAACCGUCAGCCCACUCGCCACACUUGUCCAGCCACUUAUCACUUCUGCAGAGAUCAUAGAUUCUGUCUGCCCAUCGGACAGGCUGUCUGCAUCCUGCCGUCGUCACCCGUUCAGAGGAUCUUCGAGCUGAAGCCCCUGUCGAACUUUGAGUGUCCCUACACGGGAAUGCACUACUUGCCCUACUCAGGAAACUGCCAACGAUACGUUCUCUGCAUAGACGGCCAUGCCUAUGAGCAGUCCUGCGCUGAUGGCCUCUACUUUAAUCCCACAACUCUGCGUUGCGAACCUCAAGACAACGUAGCGUGCGCUUAUUGAAUGCCGAAGUCAAGUUCAUUCACCAGAUUAUGUUACUAACAAACUGUAUUACUUGUAAAUAGAACCGAAUAAACUCAAAAAC